AUGUCGGAAGUUCUAGAUGGAGCAGGAUUAGAUGUUGAUUUUCAUCUACUGUCUCCAAAAGGUGAAACUCUAGUUUUUGAUGAAAGAAAAUCAGAUGGAGUUCAUACGGUGGAAGCAGAAGAUGGGGAUUACAUGUUCUGCUUUGACAACACAUUCAGUACCAUUUCUGAAAAGGUGAUUUUCUUUGAACUGAUCCUGGACAAUAUGGGAGAAGACGGACAAGAUCAGGAAGACUGGAAGAAGUACGUUACAGGCACAGAUCUCCUAGAUAUGAAAUUGGAAGACAUUCUGGAAUCCAUCAACAGUGUCAAAGCCAGAUUAAGCAAAAGUGUCCAGAUUCAGACCCUGCUCAGAGCGUUCGAGGCUCGUGACCGAAAUAUACAAGAAAGCAACUUUGACAGAGUGAAUUUCUGGUCCAUGGUCAACUUGGGAGUAAUGGUGGUGGUAUCAGCUGUUCAGGUUUACAUGUUGAAAAGUCUCUUUGAAGAUAAGAGGAAAAGUAGAACUUAAUGUUCAGCAUGAUCAUAAGAAUAUAAGAGGUAUGGGGGGAGAGGGGGAGCAAUAAACUACUACAGUAAAGGGGGAAAAAAAAUGACCUUUCAGAUUCUUUUGAACAGGCAGUAGACAUCAGGUUUUCAAUUCACGUUGGGCGUUUUGGUUGUUUUUUGGUGGUGAUGGUCUUGUUUGCUUUUGUUUUGGUUUUUUAACAUGAACAGAAUGUGUUGCCCCAAGCUCUUCCAUUUCUGCAAGUGCUACUAACAAUAUCUUUUUUGUACUUGUAGCAUUUGUUAAUGACUAACUUACGCAUAGCGCACAGGAUGCUUGGUGCAUAUGCAAAGUAAUGUUAAUACUGUCAUUUUUUCACGUUCACCUAAAACUUUAAAUGGUAACUUAGACAUUGGUUUAUUUGCUGUUAAACGUUGAGUGAAUUUGCAUACGUGCCUAAGUGUUCACAGGAUUGAGGACCAGGGGGGUAGUCUGUAGUUACUGUCAUUUAUCUUCAAAGUUACGUGUUUUUAAAAAUCCUCAGCUUUUGUUGUGCAGCAUCGUGGAGAAACACUGGGCUAACAUUGCGAAAACAAAAUGAGAACUCUUUUUAUAUACAGAUGACUAACAUCAGCACUUUAAAAAAAGCACCAUCAAUGUGAAAUUGAGUCAGUGUUGAAAAGAAUUGGAGAAAAUAGGUGCAAUUCCUGUUCGUAAAUCUUUGUCCUGCAGUUUUACAACCCUAUUUUCCUUUUUGGCUGUUACAUGAGAUUCAAGAGACGAGUGACUAUAUGGUAUACAAACAAAUGCACAUACACCUUGAAGUAUGGUUUGCAAACUCUUAGUUACUGUAACCUCAUGUAAUAAGAAUUUUCAAGAAGUCAUUUCUCGCAUUAUUCUUUCCCUUUUAUUAAAGGGGGAGUGUCAUAAUGUGAAAACAUUACCUUAACAUUAAUUUUUGUAGUCUCAAAAUCCCUUUUAUUUGCAAAUUAUUUUUUAUUAGUUUUUGUCUACUAUGUCUAUGACUAAUGUAGCAGUUAAUAGGGUGAUUUACAUAGGCAUGAAGAACCAAAGCUGUUCACUUAAACUUCCCCUUUUUGCUCACGCUCACAAGUCUUUUAGCUGUGUAAGUACACUCGGUUCAUAUGAGCAGUGUUUCUAUAUCUAGCUGUUUAUAUGAGUAAGGCAUGAAUUACACGAGCAAUAAGUACAGGCUUCAAAUUUUAGGAUCAACUGAAUAUGUAAUAUCACUUAACUAAGGCAAAGCUAUCCUCAAACCAGUAAUUUGUAAUUUCUAGAUAAAGUGGCUUUUAACAGUGUAGCGAGGGCAUGGAGAAUUUUUGCAAAAACCCCUGGUGUAUGAGAAUUAACUCUUCUUAAUAGUUCAGCGUUAGCCAUUUUUACAAUGUGCCAAGUCACUGAAGUUUCCUGUAUAAGUGUGGUAAACUACAUUUCAUCACAAGUGUUUUUAAAAAAUACUUUCUUAAAAAACACUUUUUUAAAGAAGUGUUUUAAAAAAGUGUAUGUAUUAGUGUUUUGCCUGUUGUUGGGUCAUCUGGGUAUGAACACCGGAAUUGCAACUUUGAGACUUUCUGUGAUUAAAAAUUAUUUUAUGGAGAUAAAACAGGGUCAAUAAAUGCAUGAAGAAACACUUUGUUCAAAUGAAGCAGAUGCUAGCAAGGGCUACAGUACAUAGAAACAGCACUUCAACUUCAAACAAUGGGACCUAGCAAUAAUAUUUCUAAGUAGUUUUUAUAAGCAAGAGUAUUGUUCCUUACAGAACUCCUUACAGGCACCAAAGCCUGUUGAUCUACUUCUUUCUGCAAAGUUGUGUCCAAAAUAAGAUUGUUUCCCUUUAGGGUUCUGCAUAUCUUUUUCCACAUAAUGCUUUCUAUUCUAAACUGCCUGGAAUUAGAAAGCUUAUUUCUGUGAUCAGGAUAGUCUAGGGAAAAUUAAUUCUUCCUGCUAGAGUGGCAAAUAAUAUUCUUCUGCCAUUUCCCUGUACAUCUCCCAGUACCAAUAUACCACGUAUCUACAUCAGGGCAUAAGCCAAAGCUCACUGAACUCAGCUUCCAAGGUUUUAAUCAGGUCCCUUCAAGACAGGCAAAUCGGAUUCUUAGGGCUCUGCCCCUUUUGCUAGAAGAGGAGAUCUAUCCUCGCUUGCACCACCACCAGUGUGAUGCUACAAACCAUCUGCAAAAUGCUGAACCAGCUCUGUGAAGCUGUGACUAAGACAUCUACCUCCGAUAUAUCAAAGCUACUAGAUUCUAGAUUUCAGCUUAGACCUCCAACAGAUGAGCUCUGCCAAGUCUUCCAAGGGCACCUCAAGGGAUUAGGUUCCCCAGCUGCUCUGCUGUGCCUCUCUGACAGUGGUUACACAUCCAGUAGCGAAACAGAUCCCAAAGACACAAGACUGAACUGCAGCAGUUUCUCCAAUUAUAAGUAGCCGUCUCUGGUAGAAGGAAAACAAUGCAACGAUUGUCAGAGUUCAUCUGGAAGAAAUUACUAUUUUGCAACUAAGAGCUUUGACUGUAUUUUCUCCCCAUUCAAGAAAAUUAUAGAAAACAAAACAGGGAAUAACUAUAAAGGUAACUGUGCUUUGCCUUUGGCAGCUGGAAUAUGUUUAUCAUAGGGGAAGGAUUUGGCAUUUAAACUUGCAGCUAAAUAAAAUUUCAUUUGGAUUUUGAAGAGUAGAUUGCUUUUGAUUAUAUGAAAUUUACAAAGGAGAAUAAAUCCAUUUUUUUCUUAAUGGACUUUUUAUUCAGAAUUAAAUGUUUUAAGACAUGCAGAUGUUGAAUAAAAUUAUGCAAAACUCAGAUUUUCAGUAAAUGAAGUUUAAACCUGU